CCCUCUGUACAUCUUGAUAAAGAUUACUUUUCUGUCUGGACUUUGAUAAUAGGCACUAAAAUUCUUCAGCAAGAGAAUUUUUCAGCAUGUGCAGAAGUAUUGAGUAAAAUACUUAGUGAUGUAAUAUUUUUCUAGUCUAUUCAGUCUGUGUUGCUGUUUAUUAGCACUUUGAAGCUCAGUUAUCUUGCAGAGAAACAUUAUUAUAGUAAGCAAGUAGUUGUCAUUUUCACUUCAAAACUAGCCUUUUUUUAUCUUUGUUAUUUUAAAUUCAAUAUGAGCUCAUUGUAGAGAAUAACAAUUACUCCUUUGUUCUUCUUUUUCAUAAUUUGUAACUUUUGUAAGCGGGAGUCCUGGAGUUCAGGGGAGCCCAGUUAUGCUCAGCAAACUGGGAAGGCUUUACAGUGGUAAAUGCUUGGGGGAGGUUGCAGAAAUGCCUCAUGUGAUGCCUUCUAUUCUCAGCAUAGGUUAAAAUUAGAACUAGACUGACUUUGGAGUCUGAGAGUUCUAAAUGGUUUUGGUAAUACAGACAAGAUUUGUAAUAUAUCUCUGCUCUUGUCCAGAAAGCAAUGAGUCACAGAAAAUCCUUGAAAACACCAAAUAAUUGAGAUCCCUACGGCUGCAUCUGAACAUGUGAAGGACCAUGGCUGAAACUGCAGUUUGCCUUGGCACAUUCUCUGCUGUGAAGACACUCUGGGAAGUGAGAAUACACAAGAUAAACGAAGAAUUACAGAAAGAGAAGGAAUUCAGGCAGAGAUCUGCAGGAAGGCUACUGCUUGUCUGGGAGGAGAGAGCUGCUUUGGCAAAGCUCAAAGAAAGAGUUAUCAAUGAAGGUGGAAGAGCAAUUUUAAAGAUAGAGGAAGAAGAAUGGAAGACUCUACCUUCAUGCUUAUUGAAACUAGCCCAUCUCCAGGAAUGGCAGCUCCAUAGAACUAGUCUGCAGAAAAUCCCUCAAUUUAUUGGAAGAUUUCAGAGUCUUGUUGUUCUGGAUCUAUCCCGGAACUCAAUUGAGAGUGUACCUAAAGAAAUUGGUCAGCUGACCAGCCUCCAGGAGCUGCUUCUCAGCUACAACAGAAUCAAGUCAGUUCCGAAGGAAAUAAGUAACUGCAUCAGUCUGGAAAGAUUAGAACUGGCUGUCAACAGGAGUAUCUGUGACCUUCCUCCUCAGCUCAGUGAUUUAAAGAAGCUUUCACACAUAGAUUUGUGCAUGAAUCAGUUUACUACCAUCCCUUCAGCUCUUCUCAACAUGCCACAUCUAGAAUGGUUAGAUAUGGGGGGAAAUAAACUCCAGGAGCUUCCUGAUGCAAUUGACAGAAUGGAAAAUCUCCACACUUUAUGGCUCCAAAGGAAUGAGAUAACUCUCUUGCCAGAAACCAUUUGUCACCUGAAAAAUCUUAGUACUCUUGUUCUUAGCAACAACAAACUUAAGGGUAUUCCAGCCUGUAUGAAGGAUAUGACAAAUCUGAGAUUUGUCAACUUCAGAGACAACCCACUGGAGCUAGAGGUAACACUCCCUCCGUGUGAGGAUACAGAAGAGGAGGAGCAACGGGAAAUGUUUGGCAUUGACUUCAUGCACAUGUAUAUCCAGGAGUCCCUCAAGAACACAGGAAAUCUGGAAAGUUGUACUUCUGAUCCUCCUAUCAUAAAUCCUAAUGAAUAAAGAAGUGUAACUGAGGAUGGAAGACAAUACCAAGUAUACUUCUUCCCAGCAAAGAGGCCUACAACAGGUGUCAAAUAUUCUUAGGGAU